AACUCACUUCAAAAAUACACACAUUUAAUUAUAUCAUAUAUUUUUCUUAUACAUUCAUAUAUCUAUAGCCCUUUUCUUUUGCAUAUCAUUGUAAUUAAUUAAUGUCUAGGUCAUUGGAACCACUUUCUAUGGGAAGGGUGAUAGGAGAAGUGGUUGAUAUAUUUAAUCCAAGUGUUAGAAUGAAUGUGACAUAUUCCACUAAGCAAGUUGCAAAUGGUCAUGAGUUAUUGCCUUCUAUUGUUAUGAACAAACCAAGGGUUGAGAUAGGUGGUGAUGACUUGAGGACUGCUUAUACUUUGAUCAUGACAGAUCCAGAUGCUCCUAGUCCUAGUGAUCCAUAUUUAAGGGAACAUCUCCAUUGGAUGGUUACAGAUAUUCCAGGUACCACAGAUGUCUCUUUUGGGAAAGAAAUUGUGGAGUAUGAGAAUCCAAAACCAGUUAUAGGAAUCCAUAGAUAUGUCUUCAUAUUGUUCAAGCAAAGAGGGAGACAAACAGUGAGAUCCCCAACUUUUAGAGACAAUUUCAACACAAGGAGCUUUUCACAACAAAAUAGCCUUGGCUUACCUGUUGCUGCAGUUUACUUCAAUGCUCAAAGAGAAACUGCAGCAAGAAGAAGGUGAUCAAUUCAUCAAGAAUAAAAGGAUGCAAUCAAUAAAACAUCUUUCACCCUUCUAUUUUAAUUUGAGUUGUUUCAUAUGCUUUUCUUAAUUAGGGUUUGUCAUGGUUGAAUAAGGAUAGAUUUUUGUUGAAAUCUCUACUCCUCUUUACUUUUUUUUUGUUUAGUUUAAUUGCAUUUUUAGUUUUUCUAUUUAA